CUGAGGAAGGCGGUAGCCACAGGGAGGCGGACAUGGGGACUUCCCUCUGACCUCAGUCCUCCGGAGAGGUGGGCUCUGGGCCUCCGAUCUUUUUACCCGAUCUUCUCUGGACACAGGAGCAGCCUCAGUGUUCCUCCCCAGGGCUCCUCUCCUGCCCGCCCGGCUCAGCUUCUCUUGUCCCCUAGAAGGGAGCUGGCGGUGGCUAUGGUCCUGCUGCUGCUGCUGCUGCUGCUGCCACCAGCAUCCCUGCAAGCUGGUAAUGAUUCCCGAUCCAGCCAAAGGAAUGUGUACGGGAUGGACCAACCCAAACACAUGUCUGGUCGCCAGGGUGGCUUUGUGGAAAUUCCCUUCUCCUUCUACCACCCCUGGGAGUUAGCCAGCGAUCCCCGGAUGACGAUAAUGUGGAGAUGGAAGAACUUCCAUGGACCAUUUAUCUACAACAGCGCCCUGUCUUUCAUCCAUGAGCAGUUCAAGAACAGGCUCGUCCUGAACUGGACACAGGGUCAGACGUCCGGCAGCCUCAGGAUCCUGAACCUCAGGAAGGAGGACGAGAGCACGUACUUUUGCAGAGUGCGGCUGAACACACGGAGUGCACGCCAGGAGGUGUGGCAGUCAAUCGAUGGGACCAGACUCACCAUCACCCACGAUGAGAAAACUACCGUGCAGAGCACCCAGACCCCAACCUGUUCAGUCACCACGGCAGCCCGCGAGGUGACCACAGAAGGCCAGGAGGGCGGGGGGCCUUGGCCCCUGAGUCCGGGAGCCGUAGCUGGUGUGGCAGUGGCCGUCGCUGUGCUUGUGACAGGGAUUUUGGCAUUGUUGCUCGUGCUUAAGUGGAAGAGAAAAAAAGGCCGGCAAGCAAAACCUGACACCCCAGCCGCAGAACUUUCCCGAAACACUGGGCAAUAUGAUAAUAUUGGACAUAAAGGACAAGAUCAGAACCCCAAGCACAAGCCCAAGGAUGAUGGCGUUGUCUAUGCCUCUCUGGCCCUGUCCACGUCAAGCUCAACAGGACAGCCUCCAAGCACCCCUGCCCAUGGGACACCCCAGGAAGACACUGUAUACUCUGUGGUAAAGGGCAAGUGAGUGGGACUGAGUGACACUCUUAGGGUCAUCCAUGUUCCUUUCUGCUACUUCCCAUAACCUCCAAGGCCAGAGACAGCCAGCUCACAAGUCAGCAACUCUGAAGGUCACAAAGGAAGCUGAAGAGAAACUACUUGUUCCCUUUAGAACUUCCCAUCCUGUGCUCAAAACAAGUAACCAAACCACAAAAUUUGCCUCGAUGAAUCUGAGGAAACAGAUGCCUCCUUCAUCAUCUGACCAAAAAUUAUCCCAGUAACUGACAUCUAAGACCUCUCCUGUAUUGCUUUUUUCUUAAUUUUAUUUUUUAGUGACUGUCUUGGACCAUAAACACAAAGUCCUGAACACUGGUAGCUAGAACCCAAGAUUCAUGUGGAAUCUUUACUAUAAUCUCCAUUCUUCAAUCUUCAUUAUAAAAACUAGCACAAAAAUGGGCUGGAGAGAUGGCUUAGUGGUUAAGUGCUUGCCUGUGAAGCCUAAGGACCCUGGUUCGCGGCUCAAUUCCCCAGGACCCACAUUACCCAGAUGCAC